UUGACAAUGGUUUAAGCAUUCGCGUUCGUUCUCGCAUGCGAAGCAAAGUUACGGUAAGGUUGGUACUGUCACGUGUAAAAAUUACAUAACACAGGUACCGCAAAACGUUUUCACUUUAAAUCUAUUUAAAAAAAAAUGGCUGGUAUCGGUCCGCAGGCUUGCAGAAAUGCAUUCCGACAAGUUAGAGGUUUGCAUACCUCUGCUAGUCAAAAUGCCGAAGCCAGGUUGAAAACUUUCUCUGUAUAUCGUUGGAAUCCUGACAAACCAGAUGAAAAACCAUACAUGCAAGACUAUAAACUGGAUUUAAACACUUGCGGCCCGAUGGUUUUGGAUGCAUUGAUUAAAAUUAAGAACGAGAUGGAUCCGACAUUGACUUUCCGUCGCUCUUGCCGCGAAGGCAUUUGUGGUUCUUGUGCUAUGAACAUUGGCGGCACAAACACGUUGGCUUGUAUCAGCAAAAUUGAUACUAAUUUAAGUUCACCGAGUAAAAUCUAUCCUUUACCACAUAUGUAUAUAGUGAAAGACUUGGUACCGGAUCUAACCAACUUUUAUAAUCAAUACAAGAGCAUACAGCCAUGGUUGCAACGUGGUGAUGGGCAAAAAGCUGGAUCCAAGCAAUAUUUACAAAGCGUUGAUGACCGUAAAAAAUUGGAUGGUCUCUACGAAUGUAUCUUAUGUGCUUGCUGCAGUACCUCUUGUCCAUCGUAUUGGUGGAACGGUGAUAAGUAUUUAGGACCUGCAGUACUUAUGCAGGCUUACAGGUGGAUAAUUGAUUCACGAGACAAUACAGCAACAGAGCGCCUCGAAAAAUUGAGAGAUCCGUUUUCGGUGUAUCGUUGCCACACUAUUAUGAAUUGUACGCGCACUUGUCCAAAAGGUUUAAACCCUGGAAAAGCAAUUGCGGAAAUAAAGAAACUGUUAGCCAAUAUUAGUGAGAAGAAAAAGCCAGGUCUUGAUGCUGCUGUAUAAUGGUACUGAUAAAUAAAAAAUAAUACCUGGAUUACGCCUUAUUUCCGCAAGUCUGUGAUGCCAAAAGCCACGGAAGGGAGCAAUUCCGGUACCAGGACCGACUAAUAUCAUAGGUGCUUUCGAUGCGAUUGGCAUAUAAAAAUUAGGCGCACUAAAUACACAAAAGAAUAAUUAAUAUCUCUUCUAUAAUGUGAAAGUCAACUUUUAAAGAAAUGAAAUCAUACAAAACAAU